AUGCGGCUGCUGAAACGAGGCUGUCUGCAGAUAUUACUGAAGCUCACGGUUGCACUGGGGUCGCUGUGCACACUUUAUCUAGUUGGUCAGCGGAACACAGGUGGGGCCCUCGGUUUCAUCCAGCGCCACAGCUGGCUGGAGUACACAGAUGAUGAUGGUGGCUCAGAGAAAGUGUGCAACUGUUCAGCCAUCAUGCAGAGAGAGCAGGAAGCACUGGAGCAGGCCAAAUUAUUGACUAUGACCAGAGAUUUCCACAAGAAAAUUAAGAUCCCUGAUGAGUUUUACAUUAAUGAAACCCAAGACUGCAGGAAAUUCACAUUAAAAAGGAAAUAUAUACCGUUUCCUCUGAGUAAAGAAGAGGAGGACUUUCCUUUGGCUUUUUCUAUGGUUGUUCAUCACAAGGUGCAGAACUUUGAACGUCUUCUGCGCGCAAUCUAUGCACCACAAAAUAUUUACUGCGUCCAUGUGGACAAAAAAUCAAAGCCCUCUGUAACCGCAGCCAUCCAAGCCAUUGUUUCCUGUUUCCCCAACGUCUUCCUGGUCAGUCAGGCUGUGGAUGUGGUCUAUGCUGGUUGGCCACGUGUACAAGCUGACCUGAACUGUAUGGCUGAUCUUUAUUAUGCCAGUACAAAAUGGAAGUACUUCAUCAACCUUUGUGGUCAGGACUUCCCUCUGAAAACCAACUUGGAAAUGGUGAGAAUGCUGCGUUCACUGAGGGGCAGUAACAGCUUGGAGUCAGAGAACAUGCCUGCAGAAAAGAGGUGGAGGAUUUCAAACGUUCAUCAAAUUAUCAACGGAAUGGUUAAGAGAACAAACAAGUUGAAGGAUCCACCUCCCUUUAACCUGCCCAUCAAAUCAGGAAAUGCCUACAUUGUGGUCACUCGAGGUUUUGUCCGCAGUGUGUUGGAAGACACUCGAAUAGGAACACUCACUGAGUGGUUCAAAGACACCUACAGUCCUGAUGAGUUUCUGUGGGCAACCAUUCAACGUAUCCCUGGUGUUCCUGGCUCUAAGUGGCCCAACCCUAAGUACGACCAGUCAGACGUUAACGCACUUGCGCGGCUGGUGAAGUGGCAGUGGCAUGAAGGCUCAGAUAAGCAAGCACUAUACCCAGAGUGCCAAGGAAACCACAUCAGGUCAAUAUGUGUAUACGGAGCUGGAGACCUACAAUGGCUGCUUCAAAAUCAACAUCUCUUUGCCAACAAGUUUGACACAGAGACUGACCCUGUUGCUGUCUACUGCUUGGAAAGAUAUCUCAGACACAAAGCUCUGACUGAGUCACAGAAAGGUGGAGACUUUUUUUGA